AUGCCUAAGACGCUUCGCAGGAUAAUUGCACAUCACGGGAUCAAAGAAUUAUUUGGGUUUACUACGGAGUACAAGAAUCUGAAAGAUGAUUAUAAACAUACAACUUGGAAUCCAAGGCGGUCGCUCUAUUUGAACAAAAAAGGCUCAUCAGAUAGAGUCCAUCCAACUCCCAAGUCAGUUGUUAAGACCUACACGCUACAAAUCUCCCCAUUAAGUAGAAAGGGAAAAGGAGAAAAGGCAUGUGCGAAGACGUCACGGAAGUAUACGAAUUCUGUCGCCACCCCGGUAAAUCCUAUGUCCGCCCUUGUUCAAAAGCGGAUGGCGCACACGUUGAUUUUAAAGGCCAUGGAGGAAAUCCGCUGGUGCCGUUUGCGGGUUGUGGGGAUCACACUAUAA